AUUCUGAAUGGGAGGGUCUGGUUUGUUAUAAUCACCUGGUGCACUAAGAAGAAAAGUUACAGGCAGGGGCGGACUGACCAUUUGGAACCUCGGGCACUGCCCGAGGGCCCGGGGUCAGUAGGGGGCCCCAUGAGAUGCCCCUGGUACCUUUUUCAUGGGCUUUUUUGAGUUUGGGCAAGGACACAGGAGCCCCAUGAUCCCCUAUUGCCCGGGGGCCCCAUGAGUUGUCAGUCCACCCCUGGUGAGUGUCUUUUUCUCUCUCGCCAUGGGGGAUGGUGGCUGGUGUAUGGGGGGCAGUGGGGGCCCCAUGAGAUGCCCCUGGUACCUUUUUCAUAGGCUUUUUUGAGUUUGGGCAAGGACACAGGGGCCCCAUGAUCCCCUAUUGUCCGGGGGCCCCAU